AUGUCGUCGGCCAAGGACAGGGUCCCGCGGCCCGGGGAACACGAGGAGGAGGACAUGGACGAGAUGCUGGCCGCCGACGACGCGGCCGAGGAGGUUGCCGAGGCAAACGACGACGGCGACGUGGCCAUGGACUCGGACAACGAGGAAGAGGUGGUGCUGCAAAACGACUCGAUUGCCUACUUUGACCUGCCGCCCGACUCGCUCUUCGCCAUCGCCCAGCACCCGCUCCACCUGGCCCUCGUCGCCGUCGGCGGCUCAGCCGGCCCCGAAGACAACGCCCCCGGCGCUGGCUGGCUGCUCGACACGGCCGCCGCCCCGUCCCGCCCCGUGCUGCCCGCGAGCUACGCCAGCGAUCCGGCGGCGGCGGCAGCGCCCCGCGCCACCAUGACCCAGCUCGCGAGCCUCUUCGCCCUCGACGGCCACUCCGACUCCAUCAACGCCCUGUGCUGGACCCUGCCGCGCGGCGACGUGCUCGUCAGCGGCGGCCUCGACGGCAGGGUGCGCGCCUGGAAGGUCGACGUACGGGCUGACGGCGCCGGUGGCGAUGGCGCCCAGGGCGUCGCCGUCGCGCUGCUGGGCGAGGCGCGCGAGGUCGAGGAGGUCAAUUGGCUGGCCGCCUGCCCGUCGCCCGCCCAUCCCGACGCCAUCGCCCUCGGCGCCUCGGACGGCUCCGUCUGGGUCUACGCCGUCGACCCCUCGGACCCCGCCGCCCCUCUGCAGAUUGUCCAGUCCUAUUUCCUGCACACGGGUUCCUGCACCGCCGGCGCCUGGACCCCCGACGGCCAGCUACUGGCCACGGUCGCCGACGACAGCAGCCUGUACGUCUGGGACGUGUGGGGCCUUGCCGCGGGCCAGGGCCUCGUCGGCGAUAACGGCAUGACGGCCGUGUCGUUGACGGCCAGCGACCAGCGCUUCGAGGUCGAGGGCGGCCUGUACUCGGUCGCCAUCGACCCCAAGGGCGCCUUUGUCGCCGCGGGCGGCGCGGGCGGCGCCAUCAAGAUCGUCUCCCUCCCGCGCCUCGCCUCGCCCGGCAGCACCACGUCGCAAUCCCGCCCGCAAGCAGCGCGCGGCGCCAAGGGCUCGGCCGCCGACCCCUCGACCGGGGGGCAGAUCCUCGCCUCGCUGCACACGCAAGGCGAGAGCGUCGAGACCCUCGCCGUCGCCGUCACGUCCACGUCGCCGCCCACCACCCUCGUGGCCGCCGGCUCCGUCGACGGCUCCAUUGCCGUCUACGACGCCAACCGCCGCUUCGCCGUGCGCCGCCACAUUGUCGGGGCUCACGAAGACCACUCCGUCGUCUGCCUCGACUUCGUCCCGGGCUCGUGGCUCCUGACCAGCUGCGGCAUGGACGGCGUCGUGCGCCGCUGGGAUCUGCGCGCCGGCGGUGCGACGGGCUCGAGUGCCGCUGCUGACGCAGGGCUGCUGAAGGAGUGGAGGGGCCACCGUGGCGACGGCGAGGGGGGCGGCGUCCUGGGCUUUGUCCAGGGUCAGACUGGAGAGAGGGUGGUGACGGCGGGUGAUGAUGGGUUGGCCUUGGUGUUUGAGGCCUGA